AGGAAAGAAGAAAAAGAAUGUUUGACUCGAGUUGCUCUUGGAAACAAAUGGCACUAACGAUGAAAAACCAGUGACGGUGACGAGGAGACGCUUGACGUUACCGGGAAAAUGUAUCCACACACAAAUAAAAACGUAUACAAUGUCCCAGGCUUGUGUGUAUGAGGUUUUUGGGUCUUUUUUCCGUUUCUUUUUGGAGGGCUAACUGAUGUUGUUGUUGUUGUCGCAUUUCCAUUCCGUUUGAAGAGAGAGACAAGAUACGUGCGAUACCUACACAAAGCGGGUCUUUUGUUUCAAGAAAUCCACGUUCAUUCUGUUGCUUUUUUUUCUCAUGUAGCCACCCAUCUACGACCGCAGAGCAGCACGAAAAACUGUGCUAAUUAACACGGUUCCAUGUCAGCGUCCAGUCCGCCUCCUUAUGGCUGUUCAGCCGACCACUUAUUAUUGAUGAACAACUCGCAACUCCACCCAUAGUGCUGCACAAGCCGCCCCAUUAUACUUUUUGGUUUCCCCCCUUCGAACACACAGAGCAGACAAAAAGAAGGAAAUUAAUGAACGGAAGAAAAACUUGGGAAGAAGAACAAGAAGAAAGGCAAAGGCAUCAUGAAGAAGGAAUGGAAUUAAGAAUGAAGACGAAAAAAGAAGAAAAAUAACAACGAUUCUGCCGGUCGCCGGAACAGACCUGAUUGGAGUUGUAAACUAAAUGCGGUUGUCGGUUUCUUCUUCUCCAAGUUUUAAUGAGACCGCCUCUUCGGUUUUCUUGCCAAAGAUUUCGAAUUGAUUGGAGGCUCAUUCACUUUCAGUUGAAUCCGGAAACGAAAAGCGAUUCUCUGGAAUUAAAAAAACAACAAAAACAACAAGGGCGAGUCUAUUAACUAAAUACCAAAGAGUUAACUCAUUGUCUAUAAUAAAGAUACACAGGCCUAUACCAGUAUAUAUAAUGUAAUUGGGGUUAUCUUUAAAAAAUACGGCUUCUUUAGAUUACUUAUUUCUUGUAAACUUCUUGAUGAUCCUUAUAAUAUUUCUGUUGUUAUUCCCCAGCAGUUCAUGGAAAUAAAUAACACAAUCCAUUUUUUUCUCUCUCUCGGACGAUUCGGCGUCCAAUUAUUCUUUUUCCCUGUGGCUCGUCGGCUGCGCGUUGUGCGUUGUCGUGGAAACGAGAGCCAAACACAACACAGCCGUCAUUUUAUACCCGCCCUGCUUUCAUUUGGCGACGUAUAUAAUAAUCCGACGUUGCAGCUACAUACAGUAUCCUGUGCUUAUUUUGAGUUUCCUCUUCGCUUCUUAUAAUUGAUACACCGAAUCAGUGACUGGAGCCAGCAAGGGCUAUGAACAACUGCUAUUUGUGGAUGAGAGAGCAGCAGCAGCAGCAUGCUGAGGAGGAGCCGAAUGUCGAAGAAGAACAAGAUCGAUCGUUGCACGUCGUUGAAGUCUGUCUACCCACCGUCCGCCAGCCGUUUCAACAAUUCGAUCAGAUGUUGGAUGACGAAGAACUACCGGAAUUGAGCUUAAGCGAGCCGGAUUCCAAUUCCAGGAACAAUGAUCCACCAAGCUCCACUGAGAGAUCCUCCAGCAGCAGCAGCACCAGUCAGAAUGAAUGCGCUCAGAGGGAUGUGCGGAAUGCUGCCGGAAUUCCGGCGUCGUCGGUUGCCAGCAGCAGCCAAUCACUAAUGCGAACGUCCCACCGCAAGAAAUUCCUGUCUAGAAGCCACAACUCGCUUGUAUUCCAACCUCCGGAUUAUUCGAAAGUCGAGAGCAAAGUCAAGAAAUACAUCGACUCCAUGAGAGAGCAGCAACAGCAGCGCCGACAGGGCCCUAAAAAUCAGUUUGAUCCAGAGACAGUCCCGGCCCUUGAGCUGGAACAGCAUUCGUCCGUCGUGCCGGAAGAUGUGACCAAUUUGAAACGGCAAUUGGUCGAUCAAGAAGCGAUGGUCGAAGUCCUCCAAGAAGGCCACGACAGACUGUUGUUGCACAACGCUAGACUUCAAAACAUGAUGGAAGAUAUGCGCACCAAGAUACGUAUUCUGCACGCACAGCAACAGCGCCAGGAGCGUCAGCCGCAACGGCAGGAACGUCGUACGAAUAGUCCUCUUCAACCGGAUGUCUAUAAGGAUCUUUCCGCAAGCCAAGGAAGUUUUGUAUCGUCCAGCCCUGAAAGUGCUGGUGUUGACCCCCUAGUAGCCAUCCAACUGGGUCUGACUCAUCAUCAGCAUGAAUCUCUCAGCAUCACGCCAUCCUCUUACCUGGACCUCCCUCCAUUCGGUCAGUUCAACAGGAAAGCGGAAGACGAUGAAACCAGUAGCUGUGAUUCAAGUUGGAAUUCCAGCAAACUUCUCCAACAGCAUCAGCCAACGACGACUAAAAUUGCAGCUCCUGUCUGGCUGCAAGGCAGAGCACACAUAAUAAAACCGACACUCCCGGAAGAGUCUUUGUUGCCAGAAAAUAAUGACAAGCCAGAUCUACUGCUGUUAAAACAAUUAAAAGAGUUAACUAUUACAGCUUUAGAAGUCAGGGACCAGACCCGCACAAUAAUUCGCCAAAUAAAUCUUAUUCAACCUCAUGGAUUAUGAAAAUUGAUGCAUGUCUAUUGACUUAUUAAGGUAAAUAACAAUAUAAAUUUCUUUGA